AUGGUGAGCGCUCAGGGUGAGAGGGUCGCCGAGCUUGAGGAGGUGAUUGAGGGCGAGGUUGCCACAUCUGCUGUGGUUAAUGAGGAGCUCCGUAGCACUAGAGCUCAGCUUACUAGGCUGAGAGAGGAGGUCCGUAGUCGGGCUUCCGAUAUUGUAGCUGAUGCCACUAGGCUAGUCGAUGAGGCUAUGGGGGUCAUGGCUUCUCUUACCAUGCCAACUCUCUCCUCCAACCUUGCCAAUUCCUCCUCCAUAGCACAUUUCAUCUCACUUGCAAAACCCACUCACCCAAAUCGUAAAACAGGCCCAAAACUUACAUGCAAUGCCACAAAAGGUGACGAAAACUCCAGUGAUCAUGACAUUGCCGGCUCCAAAAAUGGAGAAACUUCUUUACUGAAGCUUGAUAGAAGAAAUGUGCUACUUGGCAUUGGAGGAGGGCUCUAUGGUGCCUUCACUUCUGGUGCUAAUCCAUCAACCUUUGCAGCACCACUAUCUCCAACAUUCAUAGCCUGUCACGAUGCCACUGACCCCGACAAAAAAGAAAUCGACUGUUGUCCACCCUCGGUCAUGGCCGCGGAUAUCACUGAUUUUGUUCCUACUGCUCCUUCUGUCAUCGCCACUAGACCUGCGGUGCAACUAGUCGACUCGACUUAUUUGAAAAAGUACAAGACGGCCAUAGAGAAAAUGAGGAAUCUAAGUUCGGAUGAUCCACGUAGUUUCACUGCACAAGCAAAUGUUAAGAUAUGCCAAAACAUGGUCGAUAACGAUACUUUUGCACUUCCCUUUUGGAACUGGGAUAAUCCACCUGGGAUGUUUCUGCCAGCCAUUUUCAAAGACUCCUCAUCCUCACUCUAUGAUAGCUUACGCAAUCCCUCUCACCUAAAUACAGUUCUUGAUCUGUCCUACGAAGGCACUGAUUCAAAGGAUAGUACCAUAACAGUGAUAAGAAACAAUCUCUACCUCAUGUACAAGCAAAUGGUUACUCAGUCCACAACUCCAUUGAGUUUUUUCGAAAAAGCGUUUCGUGCUGGUGAAACAUCUGAUCCCGGAGCCGGUUCAAUUGAAACUAGUCCUCAUACGAAUGUGCACGUUUGGACUGGCGACCCUAAUGAAUCUCAUGGCGAGGACAUGGGCUCCUUCGACUCAGCGGGAAGAGACCCAACCUUUUAUUGUCAUCAUGCCAACGCAAAGCCUGUAAAGGUUUAUGUGAAAGACUGUUUGAACACCUCAGUUCUUGGAUAUACUUAUCAAACUGUGGAUAUCCCCUGGCUGAAUAGUAAGCCAAGCCCGCGUAGGACGGCUAUCGCAUUACCAACAGCUCCUACUCCAAGUCAAGUGUUUCCAACGACCCUGGAGAAAGCUAUAACUGUUCUAGUGAAGAGGCCAAAGAAGAAGAGUACCAAGACGGAGAAGCAGAAGGCAGAGGAAGUUUUGGAGAUAUCUGGGAUCCAGUACAAUAUUGGAGAGUUUGUCAAGUUUGAUGUGUACAUCAAUGAAGAUACUCCGGACGAGAGCGGGCCGGAGAAGACUGAGCUGCUGGGGAGCUUCACCAACGUGCCUCAUGGACAUUCCAUGAUUUCUACUACUACUAAGAGUUAUGCAAUAUCUGAAGUUUUACAGGAAUUGGGAGCGGAUGAGUUUGAGAGCGUCUUGGUUACUUUGGUCCCCAAGAGUAGCACUAUUACCAUCUCGGGAGUCAAGAUCAAGUAUGAUAACACCAAGGUGUCUGCAUGA